AUAAAGCGCUUUGAAAGGAACCGGUAGAAAUGGUGUACGCACAAUUGACAAGCCGGUUGGCCAUUGGCCCAAGUUUGCGUCAACACUUACGUACAUCGUCUAUCGUUGCAUACAGAUGUUUUGUGGGAAUGUGUCCAACAGCAAAUGUCAUUUGGCAUUGUUCCUGCCGUCCCUCCACCGGCCCCUACGGAUGUCCCUCUCCAGUUCUGUCAAACGGGGGAAAACUUGUCAUCAUCUUUAUAAAGGGGUUGCUCGAUGCUCGUCGAUUUCAUAGUUUCACCGGCGCUUUUUACGUCCACAAUAUCGCAAACAUGAGGCUAUCCGUUGGAAAAUGCGUUUUUUGCUUCAUUCUUAUCAUCUCAUGUGGAUACGCAAAUGCAGGCAAUAUUGUCAAAAGACAAUCGGGCGGGCAGCAGAGUGCCUUGUCACGGUUGGUUCAGACGAUUAUAAGUGGAGCUUCCGACAUACCUCUCGUCGGUGGACAGAUCGCAGAAUUCCUUGAAUGGCUCGUACGAGUGGUAGACGUAUUUGAGAUCGGCACAAACGGUGCUAUCGCGAGGCUUCUUGGAGGCGCGUUGCCCUGCACCGUUUCUCUAAGUGGAACAUCGUGCUCGGGAUUAACGAACAACGGCGGUUUCGGCAAAGUUUUGAUGUCGGUUCUUAACGGUAUACCGUCCAUCUUGCUACCUGGUUUUGUCAAAUCCUUGUUGAAAUUGAGUAUUGAAAUGUUCGCUGAUCCGAUCGCCGAUGUACUCUUCGGCGGCGUGGUUGUUAAUGCCAAGCAGUAGAAAAGUAUUUAAAAAAUUAAUAAAUACAAAUGUGAGAGAGACGAGCGGGGAAGAGCGUGCGAAAAACAGAGCGAUUUUGUAUUCAUGUGGAUACCAAUGCAUGUACGAUUUUUUGCGCUUAGCCAAUGACACGAAAUAAAACUAAUUUGAAAAAAAUGCUUUUAAUGAAGUAAUAUUUAUUGCUAAUCAUAAAACUUUUAUUAUCAAAUCUA